AGGAGGAGGCACCCGGCAAGAUGUCCUCCCGGCUGGAGGAGCAUUUGUGCACGGCUGUGCGGGAGAAGCUGCGGCUGCUGUGAGUGAAGAUCCCCCCCGUCCUCCCCACGGGGAGAGCAAGGGCUAAACCGCAGGGCCAGCACAUCCUGUGUCCCUGGGGUUCUGUUGGUUUGUGCUCCUGUUGUCAGGUCCCCAGGCUGUCACUGGGUGGGUGCUGGGUUCCUUGGGGUGCCACUGCUGGGGUGGGUGUCCCUGGGUGGGUGUUGGGUCCCCAGCUGGGGCACCCUGGUAAGUAUCCAGGCUCCAUCUCUCCCUGCACCCCAUCCAGAGAUGCCAGGACGCUUGGGUGCCCACAUGGGUGGCUUUCACAUGGGUCCCCCCCCCUUGGAAAUGGGGAUCUGCAGAGUCUGUUGCCCCCACGGUGGGCUGGGGGGAGGCAGGGGGAUUCCUUGGGGUCUAAGCAGAAAGCUGGGGUUGUACCAUGACCUGUCCUUUCCCCAGGACAUUGGGGUGGUGCUGGGGGCCUCAGGUGGAGGAGGCAGGAGGGAGAUGGGGUGAGUGGAGAGCAGGCCCCCCAUGCUGAGCCCCAGCCAGCAGCAGGGGUCCCUGGGGGUCUCAGCCCUGCCAUGUUGGUGGGUGCUCUCCCCACCCAGCUGUGAUGAGCUCCACAGCACCCAUGGCAGGACGGUGCUGGUGUGGGAUAGCACUGCACUGCUGCCCUCCACGCGCUUGCUGCUGAGGAGACGGGAGGUGGCAGAGGUGGAGAAGGCCCUGCAGAAGCAGCGGGAGGAUUUUCAGCAGAGGAUGGAGCACCUGGAGCAGCGCCGGCAGCAGCUGGGACGGCGGAAGGAGGAGCUCCGGGAUGUCACCCUCCGAUUUGACGCCUUCUUCAAGGCUUCGGCGGCCAGGCAGGAGCGGGAGCUGCGGCGGGCAGAGGAGGAGCAGGCACGGGUGGCAGGGCAGGAGGCUGAGGCUGCCCGACUGCACCAGGAGCAGGAGGAGCUGCUGCAGCACAGGGAGAACCUGGCCCGGCACCUGCGGAGCCUCUGCCGCUUCAGGGACUGCCUGAGGGAUGUGCUGUCCAGCACCGGGCAGUUCCAGGACAUGCAGAGCAUGCUGGCCCAUUUCAGGGUGCUGGUGGGAAUGCAGGCAGCCCUGGCACAGCAGACAGCAGCCGGGCAGGAGCGGGUGGCACAGAGCUGGGCACGGCUCCAGCAGCACCAGCAGGAGGUCAGCAGGGAGCUCCUGCACACCAGCAACCAGCUGGCCCAGCUCCACACACGCCUGAAGGACGCCCGCCGUGAUGUGCUCCAGGAGGAGUCCCGCUGGGCUCGCAUCCAGAGUGUGGCCACCCAGAAGACCCUGCUGCUGGGGCAGAUCAAGCUGGCAGUGCUGAACCUCUUCAAGCUCGCCACCACGAGGCUCAAGGUCCCUGUGGACGUGGCCAUGGAAGACACCAAGGCCCAGCUGGACAUGGUGCUGCUCUGCAUGCAGGACAUGGCUGCCAGCUGUGCCAAGUCACUCCCCAGGGAGCCGGGGCCGUGUCCCCCACACUUGCCUCCAGCCCCCAGCACACCCCCACUGUGCCAAGGGGGUGCCAGGCUGCCUCCAAUCCAGGAACAGCCCCCAGGAACAACUGCCUGCUCCCGGGGCUGAGCCUGACCCCCCUGGGUACCCUCCUGCAACAGGCACCCCAGGCAGUGGGACCCGGCUGCCACAGAGGAAGGGGGAGCUGCCAGUCGU